AUGAGUGCCAGCAACUUCAGCACAAAGGCUGAGAAAACUAAUAAUGUCAGCGUCAAGAAUGAGUCGGACUCCAUCGAAGGUGAAUUAUCUGAAUACGAAGACAAAGGUGGAUUUUGGUCCCGGUUGUCGAAGAAGUUGGAGGUGCAAGAGAAGGGCGAUUUAACCACUUCACAGAUGUUUUUGGUCAAUUAUGACUUGAAGCCGGUUGAAAAUGCCAGAAGAACUUGGUCUUGGUACAAUUAUGUAUUUUUCUGGGUUGCCGAUUCUUUCAAUAUCAGUACUUGGCAGAUUGCCUCUACUGGAGUGGCCACCAUGAACUGGUGGCAAACCUGGCUUUCGGUGUGGGUUGGAUACUUUUUAUGUGGUAUCUUUGUGUCUUUGGGUUCGAGAGUUGGUAUUGUGUAUCACAUCUCGUUCCCAGUGGCUGCCAGAUCUUCAUUUGGAAUAUAUGGGUCGUUAUGGCCUAUUUUCAACAGAGUGGUGAUGAGUUGUGUGUGGUAUGGUGUGCAAUGUGCCAUUGCUGGACCAUGUAUAGAGGUGAUGUUGAAGUCCAUCUUUGGUAACGACUUGAACACCCGAAUUCCUAACCACAUCAGCAGUGAUUUCACCAGUUUUGAGUUUUUAAGUUUCUUCUUAUUCUGGUUGUUCUCGUUGCCAGCCAUCUGGUUUCCUCCUCAUCAAGUGAGACACUUGUUCACGUUCAAGGCCUAUGUGACACCAAUUGCCGGAAUCUUGUUUUUGGUGUGGACCAUCGUCAAGGCCGGUGGUAUAGGUCCUGUGGUCCACAAAAAGGCCACGGUACUGGGCGGUGAUUUAGGAUGGGCUUUUGUUAAAUCUACCUUGAACUCGUUGGCCAAUUUUGCAACCUUAAUUGUCAAUGCUCCUGAUUUCUCCAGAUUUGCCGACAAGCCAACCUUCUCGUUAAAAUAUAUCGUGUACACAGUUUCGAUUCCCUUCUGCUUCUCCUUGACAUCGUUGAUUGGUAUUUUGGUGAGUUCUGCUUCUAGUUCCAUGUACGGUGAGACCCUUUGGAACCCUAUCGAUGUAUUGGCAAAGUUCUUGGACAAUUUCACCAGUGGUAAUAGAGCCGGUGUGUUCUUCUUGGGAUUGGCCUUUGCUGUGGCUCAGUUGGGUACUAACAUUUGUGCCAAUUCGAUCUCAUUUGGUACCGAUGUUACCGCCUUAUUGCCCAGAUACAUCAACAUUAGAAGAGGAGGAUACAUUUGUGCGGCCUUGGCCUUGGCUAUCAACCCAUGGAAGUUGAACUCUAGUGCCAGUAUGUUCACCACCUACUUGUCUGCUUACUCGGUGUUCUUGUCUUCUAUUGCUGGUGUUGUUGCUUGCGACUACUACUACGUCAGAAGAGGCUACUUGAAAUUGACCCACUUGUACUCAUUGCACGCCCCAGAAAAGCCCGAAAGCCGCUCGUUCUAUUUCUACAACAGAAUCGGUUGUAACUGGAGAGCUUAUGUUGCAUACAUUUGUGGUAUUUUGCCUAACAUUGUCGGUUUCGUGGGUGCUACUGAAACUCACGUUGUACCAAUUGGUGCCGAGAAGGUUUACAGAUUGAACUUUUUUAUGGGUUUCAUUUCCGCUUUCUUGGUCUAUGCCAUCUUGUGUCGUCUUAGUCCGAUUGCUGGUGUUCCAAAGGUUAAAGCAUUUCAGAAAGGCUGGUUUGAAGAAGAUCAAGAUGUGGAAGACUUUGAAGAUGAGUUACAAGGUCAUGUUUUUCACGAAGGCCUUGAGAAAUCUUUGAGUUAUGUUUCGGGAAGAUAUAACCGUGGCCAAGAUGAUAAUUUUUAA